CGGGUAGAAAAGAUACACGAGAACGCGCGACUACAUCCGGGCUCUUAGUGGCGGUGUCACAAGCUUGUGAAGAUGGCGGCUGUAGGGAGGAAUACACUGAUACCUGCUAGCAUACAUGUAAAUAACAGCACAGAGAACAACCAGAGCCAGGAGGAGGAGGACGGGCAGAAUUUAUGGUCAUCGAUACUGAGUGAAGUGUCAACACGAUCACGGUCCAAGCUGCCGGCCGGGAAGAAUGUGCUGGUCCUGGGUGACGUGGCCUCUGGAAAGACUACACUGGUGGCCAAACUGCAGGGUGUGGAGGAGUACAUGAAAGGUCGCGGCUUGGAGUACCUGUACUUUAAUGUUCAUGAUGAGGACGUUGAUGACCAUGCACGGUGUAAUGCGUGGGUGCUGGAUGGGGAUCUGUAUCAUAAAGGCCUACAGAAGUUUGCAAUGUGUGUGGAGAACCUGGCUGACUCUCUGGCUGUGCUGGUGGUGGAUCUGUCCCGGCCCUGGCUGGCCCUCGACUCGCUGCACAAGUGGACCAGUGUGCUGAGGGAUUACCUGGACAAACUGCGAGUUCCUCCUGAGACCAUGAGAGAGCUUGAGCACAGAUUGGUGAAGCAGUUCCAAGAGUAUGUGGAGCCAGGAAGCAGUGUGGAAGGAGUAUCUCAGAGGAGGAACGCAGAAUCUGAGGAGGAGAGUGUCGUGCUUCCUUUAGGCGACAACACACUCACACACAACCUGGGUAUUCCACUCGUGGUGGUGUGUACAAAGUGUGAUGCUAUCAGCACUUUGGAGAAGGAGCAUGAUUAUAGAGACGAGCACUUAGACUUCAUCCAGUCACACAUCCGACGCUUCUGCCUGCAGUAUGGAGCAGCGCUGCUCUACACAUCCAUGAAGGAGAAUAAAAAUAUAGACUUGAUAUAUAAAUACCUCAUCCACAGGUUAUAUGGAUUUCCGUUCAAUUUCCCAGCCCAGGUGGUGGAGAAAGACUCUGUGUUUAUUCCAUCAGGGUGGGACAAUGAGAAAAAGAUUGCCAUCCUACAUGAAAACUUCCAGAGCAUAAAAGCAGAUGAUAACUUUGAAGAUGUAAUAGUGAAGCCUCCAGUUAGAAAGUUUGUACAUGAGAAGGAAAUCCAAGCAGAAGAUGACCAGGUGUUCUUGGUGAAGUUGCAGACUCUGUUAUCUAAACAGCCUGCAGCUACCACAGGAAGGCCAGUGGACACCUCAAACAGAGCUCCCAGUGGCUCCCCGAGGACGUCCAAUCGCUCGGCGGCCGCUAACGUGGCUAACGUCAUGCCCAUGCAAUCAGGUACCAAGAAGAUUGAUCCCAACAUGAAAGGAGGUCAGACCAGCGAGGGCGUGCUGGCUAACUUCUUCAACAGCCUUCUGACGAAGAAAGCGGGUUCUCCUGGACCUGGCCAGCCUGCAGGAGGAGGCAGCAACACUCCGGGAACAGUGCGCAAGUCCGAUUUCUGACAUCAGCAAUGGCUCGAAGUUGGGUUUGACCGACGUCCAGGCGGAGCUUGACCGAAUUUCCAGCAAGUCGGACCCGGAUCACUCCGCCCCCAAAGCAACCACGCCCCCUGCUGAAAAUGACGAAUCCUGAAAGAGAAGCAGGAUACUGAGAAGCACUGUCACGCCCCCUCCCCUCUGCCCCUCCCUCUGCCCUGCCCCCUACUUUCUUCAGCCUCUCCUCUCUUUCUGACCUCUGCCCUGUCCGUCUCUCCUCAACUCAACGAAAGAGGAAGUGGCACAUUUUCUAGGGAGGCCAGUGACUUGGAGCUGCAUGUAGAGCCGACUGCCAUGCUAUUUCUGUUUCUAAACACACACACACACACACACACACUUUCGCAGUGAAUCUGAAUAGAGAGGUCAUAAAGAGGGGAUUAGUAAAUGAAAGGAGGAAGAGUUCCAGGCUUGCAGGAUGUCCAGUGUUAGUGUGGUUAUGAAGGUGAGGCAGGUUAUUUUUUUUCUCUGACUCUGUACAAGAAGCUGUUUUGCGUUAGAUGUACUGUCCAGUUUAUUGUCCUUUCUGAUGAAUGAGCAGGUUGAUUAUAAUUUGUGUGUGUAGACAGAAAAGGGAAGCUGUAGUUCUGAAGAUCGCCUCACACACUGCUGGUAUCGUCACAUUACACACUACAUGCUACACACACACACUAAAUUCUGCACCCCUGUUCUCCUUAUUAAAGCUGAUGGAGUGUUUUCAGAGUACAGCAGAGCACCAGGUCUGUCAGUAAUACUUUCAGCACUACAGCUCUUCAAUACUCAAUUUCUUCUUUUUACACAAACACCUUUCUGUCUCUGCUCAGUGUGUUUUCUUAUCUGUAUAAUUCAUGGAUGCACUACAGCCCAUGCAAGCAUGAUUGGUGACCUUCUGUAGAUCAGCCCUGCAGCUUCCGUACACCAGCCGAGCGUGUGAGCGUGUGCUGAGGGAGAGGUGGAGUCUGUAGUGUAGUUAUAGCCAGCAGGAGGCCAGGUGGUGGUGUCUGUAGUCAGUAAACUGCUACAGAAUAUUACUGAAGUCCAUCCCAGAGAAUGAGAAAGGAGAGGUAGAGGAGGAAGGGCAUGUGAGAUCAGAAGUCACUCCAUCCUGUUCCAAUGUACAGUCAUUUCAUGUCUAACUCUUGAGUGGGUGGUGAAGUUAAAAAAAAAAACAAACAAACCUUACAAUAAGAAGGUCCUGUAAUUUCACACGAUGUAGUCCCAUUUCUCUGGAUCAGGUUCUGUAAGCAUUCUAUUAAAGUUGUAUUUAUUGGGAA